CUCCUCUCAGUCUACAGUACGAGUGCAGAGUCUUUCUCCAUAUCCGGCCCUGGCCACCUCCCUUUUAUAAAUACCCGCACUUCUUUUUCUUUUCUUCCACUCAUUGAUUUUGUGGGGUUGCUGUCUUUUUUUUCUUCGCUGUUUCUUCUCUGGCCUGUCUAUCAUCCGCAUGGAUCGCUCCCUACUUCUCCUUUCCUUCCUCUUGCUCGCAGCAGCAGGGGGCCAUGCAGCCUCAUCUCCCCAGCUCUACUGGCACUCAGUUCUCCCCAACACUCCCAUGCCGAAAGCCAUCAGCAAUCUCCUGAGCCCUGAUGUGUUUGCUGACGAGAAGGCGGGAACCUCUGUCAACGUAGGGAAGGGAGGUGUUAAUGUGAACGCAGGGAAGGGAAAGCCCGGCGGCACCACCGUUGGCGUUAACCGGGGCGGCGUUGGCGUUUAUGUCGGCGGCGGAAGGGGGAAGCCAGGUGGCACCAGCGUCGGUGUGGGACACGGUGGAGUCAGGGUAAACACUCGUUACCCGAAGAAGAAGCCGGUGGUGGUCAACGUGAAGCCUGGAAACUCGCCCUUCGACUACAACUAUGCCGCCACCGAAACCCAGCUCCAUGACGACCCCAACGUCGCCCUUUUCUUCUUGGAGAAGGACCUCCGCCCCGGCGCCAAGAUGAACCUCCACUUCACCGAAACCACCUCCGGCGCCACCUUCCUCCCCCGCCAAGAGGCCGACUCCAUCCCCUUCUCUUCAUCCAAGCUCCCGGCGAUACUCGAUCGAUUUUCGAUAGAAUCCGACUCCGUUGAAGCCGAGGCGAUGAAGAAGACGCUUAAUGAGUGCGAGCAGCCGGCGGUGGGCGGCGAGAAGAAGUACUGCGCCACCUCUCUGGAGUCCAUGGUGGAGUUCAGCACGUCGAGCCUUGGAACGCACGACGUCAAGGCCAUUUCGACUGAGGUGGAAAAGGAGGGAACGCCGGCGCAGCCGUACACGAUAAGGGCAUCCGGUGUGCGGAGGAUGGCGGGGACGGAGCUGGUGGCGUGCCACCCGGAAAACUAUGCAUAUGCCGUGUUCUACUGCCAUGCGACGACCGCGACGAGAGCAUACACGGUGGAGAUGGUGGGGAAGGACGGGACGCAGGUGGAGGCGGUGGCGGUCUGCCACACCGACACCAAGGCGUGGAACCCUAAGCACCUGGCGUUCCAAGUGCUCAAGGUGAAGCCCGGGACGGUGCCUGUGUGUCACUUCUUGCCACAAGACCAUGUGGUGUGGAGCCGUAGCAGCUAGAGAAACGACCGCUCCACUCAUUAAUGGAGCUCUCCAUGAAUGACUUCAUCCACUGCUUCAUGCUUAAUUUAUGGAGGGCUCCAUGGCAUCUCUUAGCCUACACCGUUGGAUUUUAUUUUUACGCUUGUGUUGCGUUACUUGCAUGGUAGUGUAUAUUGUAUGACAGGGCCGCCUUAGUCUAUUAGCCGCUAUGGGGGCUUAUCAUGAUGAUAUAUAUGUGAUCUUGAUAUGUUAUAUAGUAGUAAUAAUAAUAAUAAGAGCAUCUGAGAUCAGCUUUAUAUAUACUUUUA